UCUAAAUUUUUCAUGUGCGAUGAAACAAAUCCUGUUGUGCGUGCGUGAAAAAUAUAUAUAUAUGAGUUAACUAGUUAAAUUGAAUUAGUGGAUAACAAGUGCACGCACCCAUUAAUGGGAUAGCGUUAAUAUAUAAUAAAUGGAUAAAAAUGCUACCUGCAGCCGCCGCUGCUUCUUGUGCAAGAGAGAAAAAUCGUUCUUGUUCACCACUGCCAUACUCCUCAGUGACAGUAUCGUCGUCCUGCUGCCAUCGCCGCCGUCGUCGUCUGCUGCCCCUGCCUCUGCCCCUGCCCCUGUCCGUUCCUUUGCUCUACGCACGCAUCGAUUUGGGCUAAACGUUAGAUACCUCCUAACGCAGUUGUUAGGGUGGAAAAAAAUAAUAAGUACGUAAUAAAUAAAACAAAUGCAAUGCUGUGCGAUCUAUUAUUUGAGAAAAAAUUAAAAUACAAUAUCCGGUGCAAGUGGGCUGGACGCCACUCGGGGGAAAACGAAUUAAAGUGCAAUACCACACAGGGGCAUCUACAAAUAAAACGGAAUCAAACGAGCCUCAAUCGAAAUAAACAAAUUGAAACAAAAGGCGGCACAUGCAGUUUUUUCUAAAUCAUAAACGUAAACGGAAAUAUAAAUAUAACAUUUGUGCAACGAAUUGGUUAAUCAAGUGGCUUCCUCAUGAAGACAAUGUCGCGCUUCGGCCUGCGCCGGGGCUUUAAGAUGUCCGAGGAGCAGGUCAAUGGCAAAAAUCCAAUUAGACCAAUAGCGGCAAUCAGACCGUCGGCAGCUGGUCCAUCCGGACGGAAGAAACGCCAGCUCAGACAUGAACCAGACGACGAGGAAGAGGAGCAGCAACAGCCACUACCACUGCCACUGCCACUGGAAGGGGAGCAGGAACAGGAAAAUGCAAAAGAACAGGGGCCAAGUGCUCAGCAACAACCAUCUCUGAUCUGCAGAUUACCGCUAGAGCGUCUGCCUCGUCUGGUGGAGAAGCUUCAUCUUCUCAUAGAGGAACAGCCGCGGGAAAGAGACCUUGACUUUGAUUCUGGCCCUGGUUCGGGGUCGGGUUCCAACCUAAAGAAAGUCUUGUGUUUGUACUGUGAUAGAAAGUUCGCCUCUGGCAAGCUGCAGGGCAAGCAUGUGGAAAAGUUCCACACGGAGCGACAGGAAAGACGCUGCAGCGGCCGCUCCACCAGCAGCUCCGUGAGCUCCCAUCCGCCCGGAGGAUUUCCCGGCUGCCAGCACUGCUCUGGCAACAGGAAGCAUUCGAUGCUGCCACAGAUCUGUCUGCCCGUCAAGCAUCUGGAUCAGUUGUUCCUCCACCUCAUGCAGAUGCACGCAGACAAGUACUUUGGCUGCCAUCCGUGCCGACUGCGAUUUCAGGACGCCGAUCAGCUAACCGGGCACCAUCGACAGCAGCACCAGCUCGAGGAGCUACCAUCGCCGAGGCCUGGACUGAUGGGAGCCGACGAACCGGUGUUGUUCCGCCUUGGUCUCACCCAGAACCGCUUGCCCAGUCAUCGCAACAGGCAGCGGCGAGCAGGAGACGACGAGCAGCCGUCCCUGGCUAUGCCCCACAAGUCAAGAAGCAGCAGUCGGGCGGCAGCCCAGCGGCAGCACCAGCACCAGCAGCAUAUGACGGCGACUACCCUUCAGCCCGUGGGACAAGGCCAUGUGCUAGACCAUCUGGAUGCAGCUCCUGAUGUUGUCUUCCGGCAGCCCAGCUCCUCAGCCUGUGUCGCAGUCAGCUCCAGCAGUAACAUCAGCGCCAGCUCGCAUGUCUUUGAUGAAAACUUCUACAAGGAUGUCAUCCUGAAUGUCCAACAGAAUCUGCAGAACUAUCUCGAUGGACGGCUCCUCACCUCCCCCAUAAUGUCAGCAUCAACCUCAAGCAGCUCCUCUGGCUCUGGCUUUGGCUUUGGCUCCACAUCUACAGGCACAGCCACAGCCACAGCCACAUUCACAUCCGACCUGGUCAUGCUGCAUGGUUCUAGUCAAAUGAGCCACGCCAGUGCCUACCCAACCCUGCUGACAUCGGAACAGUUCGGCUCGACGGCAGAGCUGCUGCCCCCGGCCAAGUUCCGGCGUCGGCCCCACACGAAGCACAGCUGGAAGUGGAAGUGGGACUAUGUGAAGAAGUUUACCAUCAUCAACGAGGGCGGGCGGCUGGUGAAGAAGCUGAAGCAGCCCACCUUCCUUGGCCUCCGCGAUCUCUCCAAGCUGGAUAUGUGGACGCAGCUGACGAUGCGCCAGAAGCACGAUGUCUCUCUCGCCAUCGCCCGCACCUACAAUGGUGGUGGUGGUGGUGGUGGUGGUGUUGGGGAUGGUGGAGAUGGUGGAGAUGGGGAUGGUAAUCACAUGCAACUGGAGCAGCAGCGUCUGCUCGAGCAGCUUAAUCUCAUUCUGGACCAUCGUCUCCUGCCGCACAUCAUCCUCGAGCAGAACGAGCAGGCGAUAAUCAAGUGCGAGAACGAGGAGGACGCCAACCUGGUGGACUACGGAAGUGUCCAGGGCGCCCAGGACGAUCUGCUGGCCCAGAACUUUGCCGACGAGAGUUUUCUCUCUCUGCUUCAGUUGCAGCCGCGGCAAGGGACCAGCCCGGACAGGAUGAGGGAGCUAGACCGAAACCGAGAACGGGAGCAGGACCAGGACAAGAAAAUGACAUUAUCCUCUUUGGUGCUGAGUGGAGAAUGGGCGCGACCACGCCUCUAUCUGUGCAUAUGCUGCGGAGCCAAGUUUGACCAGCGAAAAUCGCUGGAGGAGCACAAGACGUUCCGUCACUCGCACAUCUAUGCCACGCACUACGAGGUGGUGGGCAGGGAGCUGCUGGCGGGGAACCUGCUGCGCCACCUCUUCAUACCCAAGCGUGCGCUGGGCCGUUUCGCGGCGGAGAGCAACUGCAUUGGCUGGCCGCAGCACAAGCAGGAGGAGCGUGUCCAGCCCGAGGAAGAGACCACCUCUUCGUCCACCUCUUCCAGGUCGUCGUUUGAGGCUUCCACACCGACCAACACACCGACGCCGACGCCCAUGUCCGGCCUGGAACAGCAGCAGGCAUCUCCCGCUUCCGGGACCGGGACAACUUCUUCCUCGUCCUGUUCACUAAGCUCAUCCUCCACCUAUCACUCCCAUUCCCAUUCUACCUCCACUUGCAACACAGCCAACACAUCGUCGACGCUUUCAUCCUCUUCUCCUCCAUCGAGCUGCACGAAGUGCGGACGAAAGUGCAGCGGCCUUAUGGAUCUCUACCGCCACAUGCUGGACUGCUCUGGUGACUACAUCUGGUCGCUGGCUAAGAAGCGAAAAUAUCGCUACUACUGCGGUACCAAGAAGCGUCGCCCUUGCUCCAAGAAGCCGCUCAGACAGUUGUCCAGCAGGAAGAAGCUUGAGGAAAAACUUGAGGACUCUCUAGAGGCCGAGGGAGAGGCUGAGAACGAGAAUGAGGACGAUGGUGAGGAGGGGGGCGAGGGAGAGGGCGAGGGCGAGUGCGAGGAGAGUGGCUCCAAUUCAUCGAAGAUGAAGAACUCGCCCCGCCAGAGACCCAGCGAUGCUGAGUCCAUACGUAAAAUGCUGGAGAACUUGCCCCCUAAGCGCGUCUGCAAGAAGAUCUUCCCCGUGGACAACAAGGCCAAGCACAAGUCAAAGAACAAGUCCAAGUCCAAGUCCAUGUCCAUGUCCAUGUCCAAGUCGAAGCAGCAGAGGAGCACACAGAGGAAGAUAUACAAUCAGCACCUCCUUCGCAACACCCGGUCCUCGGUGGUGGCUGCCGCGUCCGCGUCCGCUGCUGCAGUGGCAGCAGGGCAACAGAAGCGCUGCCGACGCAAGCAACAGCAAAAGCAACAGAAACUGCAGAAGAAGCAGCAAAAGAAAUCCAAAAUGAUCGCAGAAGGGGAUUGCAGAUCAGAAGGCACACCCCUUCCAUUGUCAACAAUUGAAUCAGAAUCAGAACCGCAGGCUCAGUCAGAGUCACAGGCCAAUUCGCAGCCGCAGCCGCAGCCACAGCCACAGCCACAGCCACAACCGGAGGUAAAGCCAGGAGCCACAUUCACUGCCAAUCUAAGAUCUCCCGUUGAGGCCAAGCCAACGCUGGCAAUCCUUCAAGUUGCGGAUCCGGAUACAGCUUCAACAGGUGAUCAGGUGCCUCACCCACCCACAGCAUCCAGCCAAGAGCUGGAGUUGGAGCGAUGCACAAGGCACGAGAAACGGGAAGCUGCCUCGCCCACGCCCAGCAAGCAGCUGAUGCCCACGCCGCCGACCACUCCUGCUCCGGGCAUCAAGUCCUUGCCAGAUACUCCUCGACUCUCGGUCAACAGUCGGCAGCCCAGCUCAAAUGCAGGGGUGAAGCGCAGCAAGAGGAUUAGCGACUGCAUUGCCAUGCUCACUGGAAAGCUGGAGGAAAAGCUGAAGACUGAGCAGGUGCCGUCACAACCAACACCAACACCAACACCACUGCCCCAGCCCUCGCCCCAGCCACGGCCCCUGCCGCCGCCGCCGCCGGUCCCCGAAAAAAACGAGGAGAAAAACUGCAAUAUGCAUACAGAGACGACGCUUCCCUCGAACUCUGUUGCAGGGAAAGAGCUGCUGGAGGCCAAAACGCCCAAGCGGAAGGCUAUGUCCAGGCGCAUCGUCAAAGUGGAUACCCCACUGGGGCCCAGGCCCGAUGCAGAGCCAGCCUCCGAGCCUCUGGAGAAGAAAAAGGCUGCAGUUUCACAGCCAGUCCCAGCUGCAGUUCCAGCUGCAGCUCCCGCUCUAGCUGGUCUAGUUCCAGUUCCAGUUGCAGUUCAGUUGCAGUUACUGUUCCUGUUCUUCAGCCAACUCCUGCCCCCGCUCUGGUUCUUCCAGUUCCCUCUGCACUUCCCGCUUUGGGGUCCACUCCGAAGAACCCCCACCAAGGCGGCAAGCAAACAAUUGGCGGCCCCGACUCCACCAUCACCGACGGCUGCUGCCCUCAAGCAAUAUACAGCAGAACAACCGCAGCCACAGCCACAACCACAGCCACAACCACAGCCACAACCACAACCAAAACCAUUGUCCGCGCUGGUGCCCAUGCCCAUGCCCAUGCCCAUGUCCAUGCCUCUGGGAUUGCAGGGGAUGGGAGCUCCGUUGGCAGUGAAUCUGCUGCCAAAGCUCCCCCUGUAUCUGUCACAUGCACAGCUCCAUCCACAUGCAAAUCAAAAUUCGAAUCCAAACGUCAAUCCCAGCAUGUAUGUGAUGGAGACUCAGCCCCUCAACCUGACCAGCCAACGCGGAUGCCUCCAGAAGCCAAUGCUGCCAAGCACCGAACGCGACGGCUGCCACACUGGACUGCAUCACGGACGCUCGAGUGGAAUGCCUGCCCGGAGGCAGACUAUUUGCGGAUUUGAGACUCGCAACGUGCUGGGCCUGGAGAUGGACAUGGAGCCGCUCGACUUGUCCAAGAAGUCGGCGAGGAAAUCUUCACCAGCUCCGGGUGCGGCUCCAAUGAGGGUUCCCCAGGAGAUGUCAAUGCCAAUGUCAAUGCCGAUGCAGAUUCCGAUGCAAAUGCCGAUGCAGAUGCCUCUGCCGCUUCCCUUGGUAACAACUCCUGCCGGAUCAUCUGCCCCACUCCAAGCUCUUCCAGUUCCUGUUCUAGGGCCAGGUGCAGGUGCAGGUUCAGCUCUCGGACCGGUUUCAUUGGCUUCGCACUACUACUCCAACCUGGACCUGCUCAAGAUACCCCAAGUGCGCAAUCCUGGGACUGCGACUUCAACGGGGACGGGACCUGGCACGGCCACUGGCACCGGCACUGGCACUGGCACCGGCACCGGCACUGGAAUUUCCCCAUCCAAUGUGAUCCUCAGUGCCGCUGCCGCUAUCCCUGUGCAUCUGCCAAAAGCAGUCGGAAAGAAACGCUGGGUGGAGGCGUCGGGCGGCAAGAAGGAGUACGGCGGCAAGGGGCUGGCAAAGGGAUGUCUGCGCAUGGAUGAGGUGGUCAACAAUCACAUUGACGACGCAAUCAAUUCGGUCAUCAUGGCGGUCCAAGCCAGUCUGCCUGACGACGAUGACAAGGAGAGGGAAAAGGAGAGAGAAAGGGAGAGAGAAAGGGAAAGCGAAAAGGAGAGAGAGAGGGAGAGGGAGAGGCAAAGGAAUUUCAACCUGCCAUCAAAAGUCCUUCAUCCGACGAGGCCGACCAACAACAUCGUCGCCACAGCUGCAAUCGCAGUCGCAGCGACAGUCACAGCUACAGCUACAGCGGCAGCCACAGCCACCACCACUGGCAUGUUAUUUACCUCGUCCUCGAUGGUGGAGAAGGUGCUGGCAAGUUCAGCCGGCACGGCUGCUCCACCUCAGAUCACGACACCAGAGAAGACUCUGCUGACGCCAAAGAAGCGUUCCAUGCGCUCCAAGACCAUCGACUGCCGCUCCGCGCUACUCGCCAUCGAGGAGCUCCCGGUUGAACCACUGCUGCAGUGCCUUCAGCUGCAGUCAGUGCCGCCAGUCAAUGGAGAGGCGAAGGCAGAUGCACAUCUGCUUGCGGUUUAUUCGAAAGUUCCCGUUCCCGGUCCCGUUUCCGUUUCCGUUCCCGUUCCCGUACCCGUACCCGCAUCCCAGGAACCUGGGAUGGGCGCUCAGGCCCCGUCGACUGUUGUUGAACCUCCUCCAGCUCAAUGUAUAAAUGAACAUUUGCCGAAGCUGGAGCAGGAGCAGGAGCAGGCGCAGGAGCAGGAGCUGCAGCCGGAACUGGAGCUGGAGGUGCAUGCUCGGUCUGCUCCAGAACCUUUUGCUGUUGUGGAGACGCUUCCAUUGUCGGCACCUUCUGUGGCCGUGUCCGUGAUUUCCAUUGCUCCAGCACUGCCUCCGCGCAUGGCUGUGACGCCAACGCCCACGGUCGAGACGAACUGCAGCUCCCUGCUGGAGGAGCACAGCAGCAACAUGAACAACAACACCUCCUCGGGCUUCCACAGCCUGGCGCAGUCCGAGCUGCCCAGUGGCCAGGAUCAGUCGGCCACGGCGGCUAGCACUCUGGAGGGGACAGAAGAACUGCCCGCAAAGGAGGAGCAGAAGGUGGAGCAGCAGGUGGUGGAGGAGCUGGUGCCCGUCACCAAAAAGAAGCAGCGGCGCCGCAGGAAGAACGAGCUGGCGGCCAUUGUGGCCGACCAACUGCUGGAGAGCUUUAAGAUCGACAACGCCCGCCGAGAUAACCUCAAGAAGCUGGAGAACCUGGCAUACGAGAAGAGCGAGGAUCUUCUGCUGACAGGCAUGUUGCUCAUGUCCAGCACAAAGCGGAACGCAGCAAUGGCCCCCACCUCCACCUCCACCUCCACAUCGAAGCUGUCUCGCAAUUCGACUGCAAAAGAGGCGGCAGAGGCAGCUCCGGCGCCUCCUAUCCGAGGAAGACCGAAGCGGCGACAGAGCUGCUACUACCGCAGCCGUGGGAAGGCGGCGGGCGGAAAGGCGACAAACGAGAAUAUCAGCAUGCUCAAGUCGACACUGGAGUCCUUCUCCAUCGGGAUCGAAAAGCAGCUACUAGCCAAGGAGGCCAAGGAGGCCAAGGAGGCCAAAGAGGCCAAAGAUGCGGCAGCCCUGCCGGCACUUAAGAGCGCCGGCCAGCCGCCAGCAGUCUCCAUAUUGCGGCCGAGCAUCCUGAGCAGCGCCGCCAAGAAGCAGAUGUACCAGAAGCGGGAGGCGGAGCUGGAACUGGAACUGGAACUGGAGAAGGAGAGGACAAUUCCGGCUACGGCGGCCACAUUCAGCCGCGAUCCUCGCCUAAAUAAGAACAUACACAAAGAGCAGCAGGAGCAUGUGCAGCCCCCAACCAGGGCACCGGCAGCGACGCCAAGCGUGCCAGCGGCGGGCGAUAACGUUGAGGAGGAGGACAACUACCUCACGGAGAUAGCGAAAAACGUAAACGAGAAGAUCAUGUCGGCCACCACCAACGAGGACUUCGAGUUUGCCCACGACGAGUUCGACCAGGGGGAGCAGGACGGCCGCAUGGAUAUGGAUCCCGACCAGGAAAAGUUCUACCGCCCCCCCACGUCCAUGAGCGUGCGCAGUGCGCCGAACUUGAACGACGAGCACUCCAACUUCGGCUCCAUGUGUGACGAAAACACGAACACGGAGCUCAUGGAAAUGGACCUGGACGACGAGAUGAGCGUCUACACCAGCUACUCGCAGGACUUGGGGCGCGGCGGGCGUGGUCGGCGACGCCGGAGGCGGCGUAGCGUCCUCCUCACCCGGCCCAAGAAGCGCACGCAGCGGAACCACGUCGAUACCGAAAAGUACUCGUGCUCCCUGUGCGGCAAGAGCUUCUUCACGGCCACUUCUCUGUCCAAGCAUAACAUGACCCUGGCCCACGUAUCCAAGCUCUCCGAGCAGGAAUACCUUCAGUCCCAGACGGCGCCAUCGAGUCCACGCGUCCUUGAAGUGCAACUGGACCUGGAGCUGGAGCAGAGGCUCAGGCGCAGGGGCCAAACGACGACCCGUCCGACACAACAGAUUCGUGCCUCGGUUUUGGUGCCGCCCUCCCAAAUCAUCCCUCAUGUGGAGCAGCAGCAGCAGCAACAGCAACAGCAGCAGCAGCAGCAGCAGCAGCAGCAGUUGAAUGAGCAAGUGCAUCAUGUCAUCACUGAGGCUAGUCUGCGGCUACACGACAACCAGCACAGUCCGUCGGGAACCUCCGCCGCCCGCCUCAAUCUGAACCCAGACGAGCGUCUCUUCUACGAAUGCUGCAACAUCCUCAAGAGUGCGGAGACACCUCGCCUGUCCAGCUCCACCACUGCGGCCGCUGUUGCCGGUUCAGCUCAACCCCCCUCAAGCCCCUCCGUUCCGGCCACGACGUCCGUGAUCGUUACUGCCGGGCGGAAACAGCCGCCACCGCCGCAUGCAUCACCUCCGCCUCCGGCAUCGCCAUCGCCAUCGCUAUCGCCUCCAGCCUCGCCCUCGCCCUCGCUGUCUCCCUCGCUAUCGCCUCCAGCUUCACCGUCGCCACCGCCACCUUCGUCUCCGACGCCGCCUCCGCAUCCGCAUCCGCCUCCGUAUCCGUUUCCACCUUCACAUGGUGCAGCGAGAACGCCAGAAGAAGCUGCACCCACUGUCUGCCAUCAACCGGUCAUCCAGCAGCUGUUCCGCAAUCCACCCGCUGCCACACCCACAACAACUCCCACGAACCACAAUCGGAUGUCGCCCAGCUACUCUGCCAUCUCGCAGUUCUCGGCGACCACCUCGCGCUUCAAGACGAAAGCCGCCAUGAAGGGGUAUGAGAACGUCAACCUGCAGCUGGAUAUUGUGGACUUGCAGCUGGCUAAGACCGGGCGUGGCGUCUGCAAGCUCACAGAGCUGGCGGACAUCGCCUUGGGCAGCGAAAAGCCCGGCGGUGACUUCAUGCCCCACCUUUCACAAGGGAUUUUGCCCGGCACCGGCGUUCCAGCUGUGGCUGCCGCCCCGUCAGCCAGUCACCAACAGCAACACCAACAGCAACACCAACACCAUAUGCACCAACAGCAACCACAGCCCCUACCCCAUUCCCAUUCGCAUUCGCAUCCCCAUCACCAUUCACAGCCGACGCCGACACCGACACCGACGCCAACGCCAACGCCCACGCCCACUGGUACGCACACAGGCACUCGGACAACGACGACGCCAACGCCGACGCGGCCGGUGGAGCAGCAGAGCUCGACUUCAUCAAAGACGAUGAUGCAUGCGUCCAUCAUCAAGGCAGUGGCGGGCGUUGCCAGCUCGGCGACACUGCCGCCCGCUUGCGGUCGGAUCAUCAUACCGGAGCGGCCGUUCAAAAAUAUCGGACUGGAGGAGAAGGCCAGCAUUACGUUCCAGAAGCCGAAGACAUGCGUGAAUCUGCUCCAAGAGCAGGACAACAACAGCGUUUCCACCGCCAGCUACUCGGACCGUGAUGACUAUGACUUUGGCACUCUGAGUUGCGACGGCGACGUGGAGCCAGAGGCGGAGCAGGAGCCGGAACCAGGGACCCGAUGUGGAGUCAGGAAGGGGGCUGUAGUUCCGGUGGAGGUGCCGCCAGGUGCUGAGGAAAGGGCUGGGUCCUCGUCCAGCUCGUCGACGUCCUCAUCCUCGUCGCAUGAGAACACCCGCAGUAGGAGCAGCAGCAGCAGCUCCAGCCGAGCCACGGCCAAGACAUUCGAGAACAAAUCCCUAAUUAUGGGCCGCAUCUUCAAGCACGCCAGCACAAAGGCAGCAUUAGCAGCAGCAGCAGCAGCAACUCCUGUGCAGCAGCUCCCCAGUCCGAUGGCAGGACCGGCGUUGGCCAAGAUUAAGGCGUUGCCGAAGAACCAGGCCAAUCUUGACCAGAUCUUCGAUGAGCUCAGAGGUGGAGGUGCGGCCAAGGCAUCAGAGGUAGAGUCCCCUGUGGGGCUGGAGAAUUGGGAUAGGGAUCAUCACCAACCACACACCCAACCCCACCCACACCAUCACCAGGAGCCCAUGGCAGCGCCGGCAGUUCCGACUGUCCCAGCAGCUAUGCCCGCUCCAAGUGGACUGCCGCGCAGGACUAAAAAGACCAAAAUAUGUCUUCCAGCUAACUUCCCCAAAAACAUUGUUAAGCCGCCAGAGGCAUCUUCUUCGGCCUCGCCUUCGGUCUCUGCUUCGGCUUCGGCCUCGGCCUCCUCUCCAUCAGCCUCUAGGAAGCCCCGCAAGGAUCUGAGCAAGCUGCAGUCGGAGCUGGGAAUGAGCCCGGAGGAGAUCGAGCAGCUGAUCGACGAGGGCCAGCGCAAGUCGAAGCGCCGUUGUGCAACCAACCGUCCCAAGAAGCUGGUGGAGACGUGGAGCUCGGACGAGUAUGAGGAGUUCCUUUCCACCAAGGACAUCAUAGCCCUCAUCGAGCAAAAGGAACAGCAGGAGCAGCGUCGCAAGCGCAAAACGAGCGAAGCAAACGCCAACCAGCUAGAGCCAAUUUGGGCGCAGGCGGCACCCAAGAAGACCCCAACGCCCUCCGUGAUCGCCAGGCGGAAGAAAAGUGCCGCGAAGAAGCCGCCUCUGCCUGUUGCAGUGCCUGUGCCUUUGCCUGUGCCUGUGCCUGUGCUGGAUCAUCCAAAGCCGGCGACUACAGCUAAGGCACGGCAGCGAGCUAACCCGAAUCCUCGGACUGCCCCUGCACCAAAAUCUAAAUCGAAAGCUCCCACCAAGGUUAAGACUCCAGCAGCGAAGUCUGCUAGCUCCAGGAAAAGGCGCGGCAACGGCAUAGAGAACGACAGGGACAAGUCGAUGGAGCCCAAAACGGAGCCACCUGCUAGGACGCGCAGCUCAAGGCAGCAGAUCAAGGACAGGCCAGCGCCACCGCAACCGCCACCGCCACCGGCUGGAGCCCUCCAAGUCAUUUUAAUGGAAGAGCCAUCACAGCGGCAACCUGAGCUUCAGCCGCAGCCCUUUCCUAUGUCAACCACUCAGCGGACUAAGUCCCGAAGCAGCAAUAGUAUAGCACCACCACCUCCUCCUCCUCCUCCUCCUCUUCCUCCGGCAGCCAGGAGCAGCUCCUCCUCCACCGCCACAGCCAAUACCAACAACAACAACAACAACAACAAUAGCAGCAGCAGCAACAAGAAUCUGAAGACGAAGCGGAAGUCACAGACGAACAAACAGUCACCAGCAAGGCGAAAGCGGCCGGCGAGCGAGAAGCAAUUGUACUACUGGAGCAGCUCCAGCGACGACGAGUUCGGUCGCGUUGAGGCCGAUUUUGACCCAGAUGCAGCGGUACUGAGGGAGCAACAGAAGCAGGAGCGACAGCAUCCAGAGCCGCUGGCGGGAAAGCACUUUGAGGAAAGCGAGCCGUACCAGAAGCACGGAUGGAUCGUGGGGGACUCGCACAAGAAGCUGGUCAAGCUGCUGGCCAUCGCCAAGGGCAGUAAAAAGGUCGAAAAUUGCGGUGUGAAGCGUCGCACGCCCAAGCGCAAGUGCUAGGAGGUGGAGUGGUAGCGGUAGCGGUAGCGGAUGGAAGUCAAUCAUAGCCAUAGCCAUAGGCCUAAGAGGCGGCAUCGGCUGCAAUAAAUGAUCACAUACUGUCACUGCCAUUAUGUCGUCGCUCAUCGUUAUCGUCAUCGACAUUGCCAUCUCGCCAUCACCAGGAGAACAGAACAGAACAGAACAGCAGCAUCUCCUCUUCUCUCCCUUCUAUUUUUGGCAGGGGGCCGACCUCCUCUGUAACCGCAUGCGGAGUACGAGUAUAUAAAAAACAUUUGUUCUUUCUUUUAAACAUCUAAGCGUUACAUUAUUUAGGUUUUUUUUUAUUAACUGUAUUUAUAAUUAAUAAAACAAACAAAAAAGCGAAAAGCGACAAAUAUACAGAUUUGAGCACAAGUAAAAAAGC